AAUCUCGUUUAUUUCCUUCAUUGAAAAAAUGUCAAAUAGUAGCCGUGGUAACGGUAACGGUGAUUCUACCAUACCUAUUAACAUUCCAACAACUCAAACAGCUCGUCAUCGACGAAGAGGAACAGGGAAUUUGUCAAAUUUUACACAUUCUCUUGCUGGUACAUUACAAUCAUGGACAGGAAAUUACAGUCUUACCGCAAGUACGUAUAUGUCAAACAACAUUGUGGUUCCCGCCUCCUUUAUUGAGGAAAAUUAUGAACCAACCGUCACCGUACAUGGGCCCGGAUCCCAUUUCUCGCAAAUACCUGUUGCUUUUGGGCAUAAUCAACAAAAUUCUUCACAUUUUUCACCUGGAAGGAGUUCACAGUAUUAUGGAUCGUUUCUUGCACCAAGUGUUGCUCCAAAUCUACCUCCUCUGACUGAAGACGACGCAAUUCCAAUUAGACAAAAUCAAGCAAAUUAUUCAAAUGACCCUGAUGAUUAUCUAGGAACAUCAUUUACUAGUAAUCGUCAUACUUCAAUGUGGAGAAAUUCAGCAGCUGAGUCUAAUCAAGGAUAUAGGAGACCAAAAAUUUCAGAACAGACAACCCCGCUUGUAAGAACUCUUUCGAGAAGUUCAUUCACUUCUAUUCCAAUUUCAGUUAUGCAAGAUAUAAAACAUGAGGAAACAUAUAUUGGUUCAAAUUUUCGUCAAUCUAUCUUCAAUUCUUGCAAUAUUUUAAUCGGUAUCGGUAUAUUGGCGUUACCACUCGGGUUUCACUAUUCAGGAUGGGUAAUUGGAAUAUCACUAUUCGCGUUUUGCCUGGGUGUGACAAAUUAUACAGCAAAAGUACUUGCAAAAUGUUUAGAUUAUGAAGAAGGACUUUACACAUAUGCGGAUAUGGGUGCUGCUGCAUUUGGACAUAAAGCCCGACUUGCUAUCUCAAUCCUAUUUUCACUGGAAUUAAUUGCAUCAGCGACGGCGCUAGUCAUUUUAGUUGGAGAUUCCUUACAUACAUUAUUUUCGGAUACAUCAAUAAUAUUGUUAAAGGUGAUUGCAUGGAUGGUUAUGACCCCAUUAACGUUGAUUGCCAUAAGAUAUCUUUCAUAUUUUUCGCUGCUUGGGAUAUUAAGUGCUAUAUCUUUGGUGGCUGUUAUUAUAAUCGAUGGAUUUAUUAAGCAUGACAAACCCGGAAGUUUAAUUGAUCAUAUGGAAACGGAAAUAUGGCCAUCUUGGGCUUCUUUGCCAAUGAGUUUUGGUUUAAUUAUGGCCGGAUUUACAGGACAUGCCGUAUUCCCAACAGUAUAUCGAGAUAUGCAAGAUCCUAGACAAUAUCCAAAGAUGGUCAAUAUAACGUACGCAGUGACAACUGUUGUUUAUCUUCUUUUAGCGGUGAGCGGUUACCUUAUGUUUGGCAACACUACUAUGCAAGAGAUAACACAAAAUAUAAUGUCAACAGAUGGUUACUGGCGUCCUCUAAAUAAUUUUGUAGUUUGGCUAGUAGCGAUAAAUCCAAUAGCAAAAUAUGCGUUAACGCUUAAUCCCAUAAAUUUAACAUUAGAAUUAUCUUAUUAUUCAAGUCCAUUCAUGGAAGAAUGUCUUAACUCUGGCCGAGGAAGACGCACAGCUUUAAAAGUAUUGUCAAGAAUUUUAGUAUCAACUAUAGUGGUAUUUAUUGCAAUCAAUUUUCCUCAAUUUGACAGGAUAAUGGGAGUUUUGGGAAGUUUCUUUUCAUUUACAAUUUCAGCUAUCUUUCCGUGUAUAUGUCACCUAAAAUUAUAUGGAGAGACGUUAAACCGGAAGGAAUAUCUGUUGAAUGUAGGCAUUAUUAUUAUUUGCUGUAUAUUAAGUACUUUUGGGACAAUUUGGGCCUUUCUGCCUACUGAUCAUGUUUAGAUAUGGGAAAACGCGAAAAUUAGUGAGGAGGGGGAAAUAAAUAGAUAAUAGAAUAUUUAUUUUAUAGAUUCGAAAAAAAAAAUAAAAUAACGCAAUCCUUGUCAGGACCGGCUCCCGGCACUAAGAUGAAGAUUAUCUAGGUGAAUUUUCCAAUAAAAGUAAUGCUUGGAAUUGUACGACUGCAUCACGAAUUUAGUUAUACGUCACGUACGUGAAGAAAUUACAAAUGGCUAAUUUAAUGAUCGACUUUAUACCUUAUCAGUCUACAUAUUCAUACAUAUUAAAACUCGCACGUCUUUAAUUAUCAGAUAUUUUUUUUUAUCUCAUCAAAAUGAAUGUAAGAUUAUGUUAACUAAUUAAAGGUAGAAUAACAAUUAA